AUGAACCUCCAAGUAAACCCAGGAAGGACUGAAACCAUGCGCCUGGGGCUCCCGAGCCUCGGCCUCUCCUUGGCCGGCUGCGCGGCGGUUGCCCUGGCCUGGCUCCGACGCCAAAAGCGCCAGAGAGCUCUGGACGGCGCAACUCCGGAUUGCACAUUGGUGACCGUGCUUCUUGGAGAUUGGGGCCUCGGCCAUUGGUUGGCCAGAAGAUGCUGGCCGGUGGGUCUCAAGCUCCUGUCGCUUUGUGUCGACUUGGAUGCUGUUGCCACAGAGAAUCGGUCUACAGCCCUCCACAUCGCUGCGACUGAGGGGCACACGGCUGUGGUACAGGCAUUGGUGGUCCUUCGCUGCAACCCCGAUGUUGGCACUGCACAGGGCCACACGGCAUUGGCCAUUGCCGUCGCCAGAGGGCAUCGCGACAUCGUCCGCACCUUGCUGGACGCGCAAGCACGGCCCUGUGUGAGCGACAUGAAGAAGACGACGCCGCUUCAUCUCGCUGCAGUUCGGGGCGAUGCGGUCUCUGCUUCGCUGUUGAUCUCGGCUCGUGCGCAGUUGGAGGCUGCGGAGGAUGGCGGUUACACUCCAUUGCUCGUGGCCUGCGCGAAGGAGAACCGCUGGCCGGUUGCAGAAUUGCUGUUGAACUCCUCUGCGGAGCUUGGCGUUGCGACCCACGGUCAGAAGUUGUCUCCCUUGUUUCUCGUCAGCGAGUGGAGCGAAGCGGCGGGCAGCAAAGCCGUUCAGAUGCUCUUGGAGCGGAGUGCAGAUGCUUCAGCCGUGGAUGUUUUCGGCUCAACAGCCCUCCACCAAGCGUGCCGCAGGGGUGCGGUGGAGGUGGUUGCUGCUCUUUGCCGUGGUGGGGCCCCGGUGGAAGCUCAGGACAACGAUGGGCACUUCCCCCUAGAGCUGCUCUGCGCUUGCUGCGCCAAAGCUCCAGAAGACCAACGGCUGGUGGAGGUGGCUCUACGAAGUAUAUUGGAAGCCAAUCCGGCAGCCGCGUGCAGGUUGGACUUCUCGGAUGCCUCCUCGCUGCACGUCCUCCUGAACUUGGCUGGAGUGGAAAAGACGCUUCCUUUGCUAGCUGUUCGUGCUCUUCUGGAUGCGCGUGCGGACCCAACCAUUGAGGAUGAGAGUGGCUACACCGCCGCACACUAUGCUGCAAGGGCCGGCAAGUCGAAGGAGGACGGCGCGAAGCUGCUGGAGAUUCUAAGGACCGCUUCGGAAAGCAAGAAAGACUUUUGGCAAAGUGUGGACUUGCAAAAGCCCCGUGGCACAAGCAACGCCAAAUACCUCUCUCGUCGCGGCGGCCACCACCGUAUUCCCUUGGAGGCGCGCGCUGCUGUGUUGAAUGGGAACUUCUCGCUGCCAGGGAUCGCGAAGCUGAUCGAAAGCCGGUGCAAGAAGAUUAUUGUGCUCCUUGGUGCUGGAGCAUCUACCGCAGCGGGUAUUCCUGACUUCCGCUCUGCCUCGGGUCUUUGGGCGCAGGCCUCCACGCGCGAGCUUUUCUCCCAUGAGGGCUUCUUCACAGAACCCGAGCGCUUCUGGCGCAAGACGGCGGAGCUUUUCAGCGGCCGCCAGCCUACCAAGGUGCACGCUCUGCUGGCCCAUCUGGAGCAGAGGGGCCUCCUCCUGCGCGUGUACACCCAGAACAUCGAUGGCUUAGAGCACGCCGCUGGUGUCCCGGCGGACCGUAUCAUUGAGUGCCACGGCACCACGAGUCGGGUCGUUUGCUCCGAGAACCGGCAGCAUGCAAUCCACGGGCUCACUGCUUCGGCAGCAGCGGAUCAUGUUCUGCAGGGCCACGCAGCUCCAAGAUGUCAUUGCGGUGCCUUGGUUCGACCAGACAUUGUCUUCUUCGGCGAGCCUCUUCCACCAAAGUUCCACAGCUGUUCUGGCGAAGACUUGGCCACCUGUGACCUGCUGAUGGUCGUUGGCACGGCCCUAAGCGUCUAUCCGGUGGCAGGGCUCGUGAACCGAGUCCCAGCCUUGACCCCCCGACUGCUUAUCAAUCGGGAAGCCGUGGGUCCGUGGAAGGGAGCACAGGGGAAUGCUGAAAACUACCGGGAUGUGUUCUUCGAGGGUGAAUGCGAUCUAGGUGCAGAGCUUCUGGCCCGCGAGCUAUCCUGGCCGUUAUAA